GCCCCUCCUCCUCCUCUCCCUCCUCGUCCUCGCUGCUCGUGGAAGCGGUUGCGGCGCUGCGUACGGCCCUGCAGCAGCUAGACGCGCAGCAGGAGGCGCAUGAGCAGUGGCAGAGCAGCGGUGCUGCUGGCGGUGGUGGAGGCAAACUCGACCCCGUCCGCAGCCUGACCAGCGGCCUCCCGGGCUUCCUGCUGCCUCCAGCCCAAGCACCAGCCCCGGGCCCCCCAGGUCCCCCAGGCUCCUCCACUGCUGCACCCCUGCACCUCGCCGCCGCCCCCGGCGCCGGCAGCAGCAGCGGCAGCAGCAGCAUACCCGGCAGCAGCGGCAGUAGCAGCAGCAGCGCCAGCAGCAACGGUAACGGUCUCCUCCCCUCACCAGGUGCUGCCGCAGCAGCGGCGGGACCGGGGUCUGCAUGCGGGCGAGCGCCAGCAGCCGGGGAGUCCUCCCCUGGGUGUCAGCAAGGGCCGCAGGAGGGACUACCAGCGCCCUCCUCCUCCUCCUUGCCCAUCCCCUCAGCUACCCAGCAGCAGCAGCAGCAGCUGACCGGGUUACAGCCGCGUUGCUCCACCUCGGCCAUCAGCGGCGGCAGCAGCGGCAACGGAGCAGCAGCAGCUCCAGCAACCCCAGCAGCAGCCGCAGGAGCAGCUGGGACCGCUGGGUGGGAUGAGUCAAGGCAGCUGCCGCCGGUCAACAACGGAGCCGGCGGCGGCGGCGGGGGGCUGCCCAUGCAUGGUAUGCACGAGGCGCCGCAUGGUACGGACGCCAGUGCCGCCCUCUCCGCGGAGAUCUCCGCCGUACGACGAGCCGUCCUCGCGAACCUGUCGUACGCGCACCUGCAGGCUGGCGAGUGGCUGCCGGCGCUGCAGGCGGCGCGGGCGCUGCUGGCGGCAGUGGCUCCGCUGCCGCCGCUGCAGGCGGAGGCGGCCGCCGCGGAGCCGGCGUCAGCAGCCGGGGCGACGGCGCCGGCGGCGGCGGGUGCCUCCUCUGGUCCUACCGCCACUGCCGCAUGCUGCUCCCCCACCUCCUCCUCUCCCUCCCCCACCUCUUCCUCCUCCUCCGCUGCUGCCGCUGCUGCUGCCUGGGAGUACGCCCACCUGGCACACAGCUACGCGGCGGAGGCGCUGUGCCACCUGAACCGCCCCGCGGACGCGGUGGAGUGCCUCUCCAUGUGGCUCAUGGCGGCGCAGGAGCAGCGAGACGCGGGGGCGCCACCGCCACCAGCAGCACCCUCAGCAGGCGGCACAUCGACCUCCUCCUCCUCGACCACCCCCACCCCCUCCUCAGUCCCCUCAGAGCAGCAGCACCCCCAGCACCCUCAGCAGCCCCCCCAGCACCCUCAGCAGCCCCCCUCCUGCCGCAAGGAGGAGGAGGUGCACCCGCUGGGCAACGCGGCGGCGCUGGCGGCGCUGAGCGGCCCCGCCGCGCUGGCCGUCAC